AUGGCUAGGGCUCAGUCAUCUUUAGCAGAUGGCAAUCAGGAAUUAUUUCCCUGUGAAGUCUGUGGAAGACGCUUUGCAGCAGAUGUUCUGGAACGGCAUGGACCAAUAUGUAGAAAACUCUUCAACAAAAAGCGUAAACCUUUCAAUUCCUUAAAGCAAAGAUUACAAGGCACUGACAUUCCCACUGUGAGAAAGGCUCCUCAGUCCAAGCCUCAACCUGUGAAGAAAGCUAACUGGAGAAAACAACAUGAAGACUUCAUUAAUGCAAUUCGAUCAGCAAAGCAGUGUACACUAGCCAUUAAGGAAGGCCAGCCUCUCCCAUCUCCACCUCCUCCGUCCAUCAACCCAGAUUAUAUUCAAUGCCCAUAUUGUAUGAGGAGGUUUAAUGAAAAUGCAGCCAAUCGACAUAUUAAUUUCUGCAAGGAUCAAUCUUCUCGUCGAGUCUUCAGUCCAGCCCAGACAGCAGCCAAAUUGGCAUCCAGAGGGCAGGGCAGGGCACAGAUGAGUCCAAAAAAGGAACCGACCGUGACCAGUGCCGUGGGCGCGCUCCUACAGAACAGGGCCCUGGAGGCCACAAGUGUGGCCUCAACCAGGCCAGGAUUAGCAGUGGACCCUGCUUCUGGAGCGAAACUCAGACAAGGGUUUACUAAAUCUUCUAAAAAAGAUUAACUCCUCAAGGCCAGACUGGCUCCCCGAAACUCAUCAGCCUGGAUGGCUGUGUACCCAGGAAUGCCACCUCAGGGGAAGGAACGGGAGACGUCUGUUUACACACCUGUGAUUCCUCUUGAGACAUCAAGUGUAAGGAGUGAAAACUAGCUUCAAAUUUUCUUAUUUACUUCCUUCAAAAUAUUCAAAAUAAAAUUGCUAAACAUUAACCUGCAU